AUGAGUGAGGCGGCUGUUGAGCCUUCAAAUCCAAAAAUUAAACAUGAUUGGUAUCAAACAGAUGCUCAAGUAAUUGUAACAAUUUUGCUCAAGAAUGCUCCAAGUGACAAAGUGAAAGUUCAUUAUGGCGACCGAAGUGUUUCGGUAUCGAGUGCAAUUCCUAAUUCAGAGUCUGAGUACAGUCUAGAGCUGGAGCUGGCUCAUGAGAUUGUUCCUUCCAUGUGCACUCAUGUGGUAACUCCUUCAAAGAUAGAGGUAAAACUACGGAAGAAAGAAGGAAUCCGUUGGACAUUGCUUGAGGGCGAAGGGAAGGAGGAAAAAAUCAAGGCUAUACCACAAGCUGUAAUUGAUGCAUCGGGACCACAGCAGCCACCAAAGCUAUUUAGAAAAGACUGGGAUAAAAUAGAAAAAGAUAUUAAAAAGAUGGAAGAAGAAGAAAAACCAGAAGGUGAUGCAGCUUUAAAUGCUCUAUUUCAAAAAAUCUAUGGCGAAGGUUCUGAUGAAGUGCGUCGUGCGAUGAACAAAAGCUUCGUGGAGUCCGGAGGUACUGUACUGAGCACUAAUUGGAACCAAGUGUCCAAGGAGAAGGUUGAUGUGAAGCCGCCAGAUGGAUUAGAGUUUAAGAAAUGGGAAAACUAA